AUGUUUGUCACUUCCAUGCGUCUAAAACGAAGAUAUAAAGUUGGCCAGUCGGGACCUCAAUCCUCAGUCUCUGGACGAACAACACCUCCUUUCAUCCUUUUGGAGAGCAAAGAUGUGCAAAUUCAACAAUCACUUCUUCAUCAUUUUGUGCGACAGUCUGUGUCUACGAGCAUUCCAUUUCGUGUCCGGCCACUUCUGGCCAUCAAAGCUGACCAACACAAGCACAACGAGACGAGCACACAAUCUCGAAAAGUAUCCACAGAACUGUCUAAAGGAUAG